GUCCUAAUCCAAAUACUUAGUUGAUUGAGUCCACUGAGGUAGAAAGAUCCUGGACUGUUCCAUAAACGAAAGAGAGCAACUGAGUGUCUUUGUCCUAGGAAGGAGAUGUGCUGUUUUGUUGAUUCCCUGGACAGCUGAAUGUUCCCCAUCAAAUCUCCUCUCCGUGCCUGACUGUGUAAACUGGACGACCGGUCCUUCUCAUCUCUUCUGAUUCUGCGCUCUGCCUCCAAAUCUGCCAGCACUAUGAGCUCGUCGGGGACAAACCUCCACAACAAACGUCUACCCUCCGAGACAGAACAUGCCCAGAGGGUCCCGGACAUGGACGCAGCCCAGCAGCUGAAACUGAGGGAGAGACAGCGCUUCUUUGAGGAGGUCUUUCAGCAUGAUGUGGACGUCUACCUGUCCUCUGCCCACCUGCAGAUUCAUGAUUAUAAGAGACCUCCCAUUGGCAGCAUCUCUUCCAUGGAGGUGAACGUGGACAUGUUGGAGCAGAUGGACCUCAUCGACAUCUCUGACCCAGAGGCCCUGGAUGUCUUCCUCAGCUCUGGGGCUGACCAGGGGGAGCGGGACUCAACUCCACCAGCCAUAGUAGUCCACAACAACAACAACCAUGAGGCCAUCGACCAGGGAUGCUCUCUCCACAAUGCCGGCCGCUGUGACAGGAAGUCCCGAAUGUCCUCUACCUCAUCCACGUCCUCCACCAACAGCCAGAAGACCAACGAGGACGGCAGGGACACCCCUGUCGUCCAAACAGAUGACGAGGAAGUGCACGUCAACACACUGUUGCUGGUGGGAUCACCGGGGAAAGAUGAGGACAAGGAUACGUCCGUCCUCUCUUCGUAGACGCCUUCCUUUACCUCUAAUCUUUAGUAAUAUUUUGGACAUAAAGGUGCUGAAACCUAUCACUGAAACUGAACACUCACAAAGCUUCCAUGGAUAAGCAGCUAUUACUUCCCACAACAUGUACUUUAUUUGAACUGUUCAUGCAAGGACACAUUUCCAAGCUUGCUUAUCUACAGGAAGCCGCCAAAAUAAAGGCAACUCCUACGUAAUGUUUUAAUAUGGAGUUGGGCCACCACAAACUGCUUCACUGCACCUUAACUCUGUUGGAUGAAUGCUAGCAAUUCACUCAUUUGUGGCUUGUUGACAGAGGUGCAAAAAAAUGUGUGUUUUUUUUGGCAUAUUCUGAAAACCUCAGCAUGUUGUCACUGACAUCGCUGAAGCUCCUGCUAAAUGUACUCCAGAAAUCAUCCCUCUUUCAAAGUGACUGAGAUCUCUUCUGGCAAUGGUAGCCAAAAUAUUGAACUGGGCCUGGCCAUUUUUUAUAUACACGACCGUAAAUAUGAUGAGGUGGUAAUUAACUAAAAUACAUUGUAUAUAUAUUUUACUGCCGUGUUUCCCUUAUUUUGGCUGUUACCAGUAGUCUAAACAUAUGACUGGACUAAAGAUUAUUUUUAAAUCUGGCAAUGAGUGGUUCUCUUAAUGGAAGGUCAUGUCUGUGUGUAAGCAUGCUCAGCUGAGCUACAGAUAGGACAAGACAUACUGAGUGAUUUCAUUCAUGCAAAGCCUCUGUACUCACAAGGUUGAAAUAAAGGUUGAAUAAUUAGUCAAAUAAAGAUUAAAAGAAUGAAUCACAUUUUA